CAAACCUCAGGCUGCUGUGUCUCUUCAGUGGGUGUUUCUUUCUGCAGGCUUUUGUUUGUGGUCAAAUACAAACGGAACUCUAAAGCUGAAACCUGAAAACAUUUCUCACUUACUCGUGAAAGCUUCUCUUCAGCGUGGAUUCGUGCCGCCAACUCUCGCUGUGUUUCAGCUGCUUCAGUCUUUCAAGGUGUUCGAUGUGGAUCAUGAAGACUGAGAGCAGGUUGGACUUGAUGCUGCUGCUCGUUCUCCUCACAGUCGGUGAAAGUGACGGCAGCUCAGUUGUUGGUCAAACAGGUCAGAGCGUCACUCUGUCCUGUAAAUAUGACAUCAGCAAACAUGGAGCGCAGCAUGUCUGCUGGGGUCGAGGUGAAAUACCAACCUUAGGCUGCGGCGACCAGCUCGUCUCCACAGACGGACAUAAAGUGAGAACCAGAGCUUCCAGCAGGUAUCAGUUACUGGGACGACUGGAGGCAGGUGAUGUUUCUCUGACCAUACUGGACCUCACAGAGACGGAUGCUGGACGGUACGGGUGCAGGGUGAGGGUACAGGGACCGUUCAAUGAUAACAAACAUCACUUGGAUCUGAUCGUCGAGAGAGCUCCUCUUCAUACCAGCACAGUCAGAUCAACGACCAUCUCAGCACUGACAGGAAGUGAUGUCACAGAAAGCAAACCCACGGAGGUCACAUGGGCUAAGGAGGUCACACGGGCUCCGGAGAUGUGGAUCACAGCUGUCCAGCAGCAGCAGCAGGUAAACAGUCUGCAGAGCCUCUUUGGAAACACAGUGAGAGUCUCCUUUAUCGUCUUUAUACCUGCAGUGCUGCUGAUCACCUGUUACAGAGUUUGGAGGAGGAACCAGACUGACAGGAGGCUGAACCAAUCAGAGGAGGAGGACACAGAGACAGAGGCUGCAGCCCUUCGGGCCGUCGGUACCUUACCACCGCCUCCGGAGUCCUCCGAGUCCCGGAAGGCCUCCUUCCAGUUCCGGCUCCUUCUCCCCAGAGCCAGCCUCUGCCGCCAGGGUCUGGUCCGUCGAGGCCCCUGA